AUAAGCAAAAUAAUUGUGAAAAAAUAUGAAAUGCGGAACCGAAAGUAUAAGUGCGUUGCGCCAACGCCGCAAUUCUAACUCUCACACGCUCUCGACACCGUCUGCCGCUGCCAUGGGAGAAGCGAUGAAGGACACUCUGCCGGAAAGCGUACGAUCGGUGGUGUUCAAGGAAUCCGAGAAGUUGGAUGGCUCUUGCCCCAAAAUCGAGGGAUACGAUUUUAAUAAAGGCGUGAACUAUCACGAGCUUUUCAAGUCCAUGGCCUUCACUGGAUUCCAGGCCUCCAAUCUUGGCGAUGCCAUUCAGCUAGUUAACGAAAUGCUAGAUUGGAGGCUCGCAGAUGAGACUCCAGCGGAAGAUUGCAGUGAAGAAGAGAGAAACCUGGCUUACCGGGAGUCUGUGAGGUGUAAAGUGUUUCUUGGUUUUACUUCUAAUCUGAUCUCCUCUGGCAUUCGAGAUAUAAUCCGUUAUCUACUUCAGCAUCGCAUGGUUGAGGUGGUGGUAACAACUGCUGGUGGUGUGGAGGAGGACCUUGUGAAGUGUCUUGCACCCACUUACAGGGGUGACUUUUCUCUUCCUGGAGCUGAUCUUCGUUCGAAAGGUCUGAAUCGCAUUGGUAACCUGUUGGUCCCCAAUGAAAAUUACUGUAAGUUUGAGGAUUGGAUCAUCCCAAUUUUUGAUCAGAUGUUGGAUGAACAAAAUUCACAGAAUGUACUGUGGACACCAUCUAAAGUAAUUGCUCGCCUGGGGAAAGAAAUCAACAAUGAGACUUCGUACUUGUACUGGGCAUACAAGAACAAUAUUCCUGUUUUCUGCCCUGGUUUAACGGAUGGUUCACUGGGUGACAUGUUGUACUUUCACUCGUAUAAGAAGGAACCUGGUCUAGUGAUUGACAUUGUGCAAGAUAUUAGAGCGAUGAAUGGUGAGGCUGUCCAUGCUGGUCCUAGGAAGACUGGGAUGAUAAUACUUGGAGGAGGGCUGCCCAAGCAUCAUAUCUGCAAUGCGAAUAUGAUGCGUAAUGGUGCUGAUUUUGCUGUGUUUAUUAACACUGCACAAGAGUUUGACGGAAGUGAUUCAGGUGCUCGUCCUGAUGAGGCUGUGUCCUGGGGCAAAAUUCGAGGUUCUGCAAAGACUGUGAAGGUGCAUUGUGAUGCAACCAUUGCCUUCCCUUUCUUGGUAGCAGAAACAUUUGCUGCAAAAAGAAAGCGGUCUGCUGAGACAAGUUCUUGAUUAAGAAGAUUUUGUCCGCUGCAUUUUUGUAGCCUCGUGCCAGCAAGAUAUAUUAAGAGGAAUUAUUUGUCAGAUACGAACUUUCCUUCAUUUAUACAGGAUUUACAGGAUAUGUACUCUAAAAAUAUUUGGGCUUGAUCGGCCGCGGUAAUUCUGAAAAUUAACUAGUUCAGUUGACUUGUUGGGUUUGUCCUGCAUAUGUUUUACGUCUGAAGUGGCUCUUUGUUACUCAAUAGAAAUAGGAUCCAGAAUAAAUGAAAGAACAAGAAAACUGUAAAGGCCUAAAAGUUCAUAACUCUUGGAAUACCAGGAGUCCAGUACAUUUUCUGGCUAAGGCUUUUGGAUUUUUUUCAUUCAA